AUGCCCGUGACAAAUCGAGUUCGGGCGGAGCAUACCCGGACAUUCACUGGGUGUCGAACAUGUCGAAGACGCCAUGCAAAAUGUGACGAGGAAAGGCCAGAGUGCGGUGCCUGUAGUCGUCUGGGGUUGAAGUGCGGCGGCUAUUCUGCUCAGCUAUCAUGGGUAACAGAUGAGGAUGAUGCAGAUUCGAAUGACCAACAAGCUCUCUGCUAUCGUUACCCUCUGUUCUCCGAUCUCGAACGGCGAAUAAUGAGCGACAGCUUAUCGGAAAGCUUGGGGCUCAAAUCAGCUGGCGAAGUCUUACUCAAGCUAGACUUGGCUUCCAAGAAGGUUGAGGCGGGCUUUGAUCUCUGCCUGGGCCCAUUUGGGGUCUUUCAAGCAGUAGACGACAGUACAAAGUCCAUCUCAGCAGAGUCACAAGCCAGUGCUUCUUUGCUAAGUGUCAGCCCGGAUGCCGAAGGCCCUCAGAGCGAGGAGUCUGAUGAGUCCAUCACCGAAUUCGAAGAGAUAAAAAAUGCACAAUCUCAUCCAACAGACCUUGAAGCUCUCCUCAACAACACAACGUUUUCGCUCAUUGAAGAACAUCAUAUGACGAUUCCAGAUGCAUUUACAAGUCCGGCUUCCGAUCUUUUCAACGAUAUCGCAUUGGAUCCGGCAUUUCUCUCCAUCUCCGAUGGCACAAAUACUCUAGAAACCACUGAUAAUGACAGAUAUAUCGCUCAAGAGGAUACCAGAGUCUUAUGCGACGACUUAGAUGCCUCCAUGAUGAUCUCACCCAGCAUCGAUCCAGCCAACAACCAAGCAAAUCUUCCAGAACAGGCUGCCAAUCUAUUGCGCUACUAUCAACAACACGUUUCGUCUUCUACAAGCUCUAUCCAGAUCAAUCGACAAUCCCCGUGGCAACUGAUCUUUUUACCUUGCGUAUUCGAGACGUUUGCAGAGAUCACGUUGAUGAGCAGCACCUCCCAUACCAGAAAUACCAUCCUCCACGCGGUACUUGCCCACAGCGCUUUUCGAUUGCACAAACCGAAUAACCCAUCCAAGCCGACUGAAUACUGGGGACAUGUGGGCUUGAGACACAGGAAUAAAGCCCAAUUUCAUUUGAAAAAAGCUGUAGAAACCGAAAUGGCGAAUCAUGAGCAGAAAACGUACAAGGAACUCCUAAUGGCCUUCUUAGCCAUGGCCAUGACAUCGCUAUAUCGAGGAUGUCCAACGGCGAAGGUGUUCCUCGUAGAUGCCGAGAGACUCAUCAGGGUCCGGGGCCUCAGCAAUCAUAGCAAACCCUACAAGAUUCGCGUCCUACAUCACCUGUACACGUACCUUCGCAUCAUGGUGGAGAGCAUCGCCACUCUAACUCCAUCUUCAUCCGAUCCCGAAACAAAUGCGCUCCAAGCGCUUCCUAACGCCCGAUCGUUUCGGGUCAGCAAGGAAACCCUCAAUAUCGGGCUUGAUCCCACCGUUGAGAAAACUGCCGAGCUAGGCUACGGCGACAUUCAUCUAGAGGUCCAAGGACUCUGGAAGCAGACAUUACACUACAACCUCCAGGGCAUACCCGAAUCUUUAAUGACCCUCAUCGCGCAGACGACUUCUCUCGCUAACGAAAAAGCACACCUCGAGACCAGGGCUGGAUGUGAUUUGAGGCUAUCUGCGGACUUGAAACACCACAUCAAAACAUUAGAAGAAUCAAUCUGGGCAUGGUCUCUCCCUUCUGAGUUGACAACCAUCUCAACCCACAAACCCACUGCAGUGCUACCUGAUAACCAAGACUUAAUACACCAACCUUGUACUCAGUCCAUGGUUCAGGCCAUACAUCGCGCACUAGUCAUUUACUUCUAUCGUCGGAUACACGAUGUCAGCGCAAUGGUUCUCCAAGAUCAUGUACGACAAGCAUUGGAGAAUCUUGAGCUUUGCAUUGAGAAGAUGGUCGAAGACGACGAUUUUGCGCCGAGCCUGGCGUGGGCGGCGUACAUCUCUGCAUGUGAAGCUACUACUCCAGAUCUCCAGAAGAGAGCGCUGAAGUGUGUAUCGAUCAGUGAUAGGCGCGGUGUCUACUUCACCUCGAAGCCGUCAACAGAGGUGGUGUUGUCAAUUUGGGGGGAGAGGUGUCAUGAAACAACGCUGUCUUAUAAAUGGACUUCAAUGCUUCAGGAAAUUCAUGUCUAA